AUGACUGCCACCACCCUCAUGAACCUCGGCCUGAUCCUGACCCACGCCUCGGUGUACCAGAUGCUCCGUGGCUGUGUGGUGGUCUUCACCGGCAUCAUGUCCGUCAUCUUCCUCAAGCGCAAGCAGUACCUCUUCCACUGGGUCGGCAUGUUCCUGGUCAUCGCUGGUGUCACCAUCGUCGGCCUGGCCUCCACCCUGAUGACUGGCGGUGAUGACGCCCCGGCCGCCAAGAACCCCGUUCUCGGUGACAUCCUCAUUAUCAGUGCCCAGAUUUUCACCGCCACCCAGUUCGUCGUCGAGGAGAAGAUCCUCGGCAAGUAUGACGCCCCGCCGAUGCUGGCCAUCGGUCUGGAGGGCCUCUUCGGCGGUCUGUCCACUGCCUUCCUGAUGCCGAUCUUCCACUUCGCGAUUGGUGUGAACGACUUCGCCAGCAUGUUCGACAUGAAGUUCGCCUUCAUGCGCCUCUUCGACAGCCCGGCCAUCCUCAUCUCCACCAUUGGCUCCGUCAUCUCCAUCUCCUUCUUCAACUUCUUCGGCCUGUCCGUGACCAAGUUCAUGUCGGCCACCAGCCGCUCCACCAUUGAUGCCAUGCGCACGCUCUUCGUGUGGAUGUUCUCGCUGAUCUUCGGCUGGGAGGCGUACGUCUUCCUCGGGGCCGCUUUCCUGCUCUGA